AUGGACACCUUUGCGAAGUCAAAUAAUCUGAAUAUUUAUGCAGCUAAAAACCACGGGAAAGAGCAGGAUAAUUUAAGGGGCUUUCAUUGAGACUCCUGAGUAAUGGCUCUCAGACAGCUACUGGCUUGUGACAGAUGAUUUACACAUUUGGGCCAAAACUUAGUGAAGCUAUUGAUGUUCCAGUUAAAUAAUGUACUUGAUCCUUGUAAUGCUCCAGUUAGGAGGAAAUAAGUCUAUUUAUUCUGAAAAUACAAAUGAUGAGGACUCAUCUUUCGCCAGACGUAAGAAAUCUCAGAAUAUUAGAAAGAGUCGGAAUUUACAGGCCUUCAAUAGUGCUGAACAGCAUAACAAAACUUUAAUGAGCAAAAAUAGUAAGCAUUUUAAAGAAGACGCGACUGGUUUCAGACUAAGAGGAAAUAAUAACUUGAAUUCCUCAAUCCAGUUCUCUGAGAGCAAGGGAGAUAUCACUCCAAAUACGCACGUUAGUGGGAACUUCAACGAUAACUUCAACUCUGCUGCAAACGCAACAGGUCACAGGCAAAUCAGGUCAAAGAAAAGGCUACUCAGACAAGCUUCGAGAACGCUUAAAGUGAAGAAAAGGUCAACUCUAACGAAGAAGCAGAUUAUUAAAUAAGUCCAUGUCCUUGAUAAAAUUGGGUUUUUUGAAGAAGCUUAAAGACAAGAUCAAGCAACAGGGGAAAGACUCAGAGGCCACAGAAGAUGAUAAUCCCCAAAAGGACAGUCCCGUUCUGGUUCCAAAGUCUAAGAAGUCAGCUAAAUUAACAUUAGAGCCGAUUAAGCUGAAGCAAAGGUCAAGCGGGUCCGACAAGAGUGACUAUGUAAAGCAAGAGCCAAAUACAUCCCUCAAGGAGCUCAAGGAGCUUUCUAUUAGCAAAUGUUCAAAGAAGAGGAGUAAGAACAAGAAGGUAAAUUUGAAAAUCCUCGCUAGAAGAUCAAUGAAUGAAGCCGAUAGGUCGCAUACAGGAAGUACUGGGAAGUCUUCAAAAUCCUUCAAGGUUGAUUAAGGGAGUAACUUGGCAUACCAACCGCCUUCUUAAUUCGAGUGUCUUAAUUAUGUAAAAUUUAG